CACACCAGACAGUAGCAUGUCGCACUUCUUCCACAAGCCGGAGAACGCGCUGAAGCGCGCCCGCGAGCUGCUGGCCAUCCCCAACGUGGACGCCGGCGUGCUCAAGCGCACCAAGCACUCGGCGCUCGAGAUCCUGCACGAUGCGCUGAUCGCCAAGAAGAACCGCACGUGGCAGCCCACGCACGAGGAGCUCAUGAUCCUGUACCUGGACAUUUGUCUGGAGCUGCAGAUGGGCCGCGUGGCCAAGGACGGCCUGCACCAGUACCGCAACCUCAGCAUCCAGCACAACCCGGCCUCGCUCGAGACCAUCAUCAAGCACUUCGUCACGCAGGCGGAGCGCAAGCUUGCGGCCGCCAAGAAGGAGAGCAACGAGCUCAACCUGCUGGCCGCCGCCAAGGUGGACCUGGACGCCGCGCAGACGCCCGAGGACGUCAUGCUGUCCACGACGACGUUCGAGGGCUCGAGCGACCGCACGGACCGCGAGGUGGUCGUGCCCUGGCUGCGCUUCAUGUGGGAGACGUACCGCACGGUACUCGACAUCCUCAAGAGCAACUCGAAGCUCGAGCCGCUGUACAAGGCCACGGCCAUGCAGGCCUUCGACUUCUGCAUCGAGUACCAGCGCAAGAUCGAGUUCCGUCGCGUGUGUGAGAUCAUGCGCAACCACCUGAGCGCGCUGCAGAAGCACGCGGCCGCGCCCACCACGCAGUCCACGCGCCAGAUGCGCAGCUGGGACGGAUUCACGCUCGAGAGCGUCGAGCGUCUGCUGGAGGUGCGCUACCGUCAGCUGCAGGUCGCCACCGACCUCGAGCUCUUCUCGGAGGCCUUCCGCACGAUCGAUGACAUCAACAACAUCAUGAACCUGGUGGAACAGACCCCGCGCGUCGAGCUGCUUGUCACGUACUACGAGAAGCUGGCACAGAUCUUCCAGGUGUCCAAGAACCAUCUCUUCCACGCCUACGCGCUGUACAAGUGGUACUCGCUGCGCGUGGCUGGUCUCCAGGGACUUGCUGGCGCCCAGGCGCUGCAGGAGCUGCCCGUGCUGGUGUCGGAGGAGGAGCAGAAGGAGAUGGCCACGCGUGUGGUGCUCGCUGCGCUGUCCAUCCCGCUACUGGACUUCGAAGCGUCCUCGUCCGUCCUGGGCGACGAUUCCUCGGCUGCUCAGGUCGCGGACAGCUCGCUGAACGCUGCUGCGCGCGACAAGAACUCGCGCAUGGCCGCCCUGCUGGGCUUCGCCACGACGCCGACCCGUGCUAACCUUCUUGAGGACAUCGAGGCUGCUGGCCUGCUGCCCAAGGCCUCGACUGCCGCGAGCGAGAUCUUCCAGCGCGUUGAGCUGCAGGAGGUGGACCCGCUGCAGAUCGUGAAGCAGCUCCAGCCGUACCUGACGACGAUUCGUGCUGAGCCUCUUGCCAAGGCGUACGUCGAUGGCGUAGAGCGUCUUGUGGUGCGCCGCGUGCUCUUCCAGCUCACGCGCGUGUACGCUAGCGUGACCAUCGCUCACCUGCGCUCGAUCUUCGUUGGCCUUGACGUUUCCUACGAGGAGAUUGAGACGCUGAUCGCUCGCUCCCGCAGCCUGAGCACGGUCGCUCACGCCAGCGCUCCUAGCCUGUCGAGCAUGUACCGCCGCAAUGUCACGCAGCACGGCAGCAACAACGCUGAGACGUCCUCGGCUGACGCUGUGUCCUCCACUCAGACGCGUACCAAGAUCCGCAUUGACCACGUCGAGCAGUGCAUUCGCUUCACGGAUGCCGUGGAUCUCGAGGCUAACGCCACCCAGCUUACUCUUCUGGGCGAGCGUCUCUCUCGUGCGAUGAGCAAGGUGCCCGCCACUGCUGCGUCCUCUGCGUCCGCUCGUGAGGAGCAGAAGAAAAAGCUGUUUGCUGCUACCCGUGCCCGCAUGCAGGAGCAGCGCUCGGAGAUGCUGGAUCGCCGCGAGGUGAUUGAGCGCAAGAAGGAGGAGCUCGAGAAGCUGCAGCAGGAGAAACUGCAGUCCCUGGAGAAGAAGCGCCAGGAGUUCGCUCAGCGUCGUGCCGAGAUCGAGCGUGAGCGUCUGGCCCAGGAAGCCCGCCGUCGCGAGGCUGAGAAGAAGCAGAAGAUUCAGGACGAGAUCAAGCUCAAGGAGACCCGUCAAAUGCUGGACAAGUUGGGCCACACGGACGUGAGUGACCUGGACCUCGCUACCAUCGACAAGGAUAAGGUGCUCAACGAGGCUAAGGAGAAGGCCAAGAAGGCUAAGGAGCUCGCUCAGCAGAAGCUGCGUGAAAACGCGCGUCGUCUGGACUACAUUGUGCGUGCUACGCGCGAGGAGGAGCAGCCUAUUCUGCAGCGCCAGGCCGCGGAGGCUAAGGCCGAGGCUCUGAAGCGCUACGAGGAGGAGUCGGCUGCGAAGCUGAAGCGCGCCAAGGAGGAGCACGAGCACGGUCUCAAGGAGAAGGCUCGUCUUGCCCCUGCUAUCAAGGUGAGCGCUGAGUUCAUCGAGGCGCACAAGGCUCGUCGCAUUGAGGAGUACAAGAAGGCUUCCGAGGAGCAGAAGAAGAAGGCUAUGCUGGAGCGUCUGAGCGCCCGUGUGGCUCACGCCAAGGAGCGUUACGAGGAGGAGCAGCGUCGUCUGCGUGAGGAAGAGGAGGAGAAUGAGCGUAUCCGCCGCGAGGAGGAGGCCGAGCGUGAGCGCCAGCGCCAGCUCGAGGUGGAGGAGGAACUCCGUCGCCAGGAAGAGGAAGAGGCUGAGGAGCGCCGCAUCGCCGAGGAGAAGGAGCGUGAAGAGCGGGCUCAGCGUGAGCGCGAGGAGGAGGAGAAGCGCACCGAGCAGCGCAGCCAGGGCCGCUUCGGCAGCGCUGGUGCUCGUGGCCUGACCGGUGGCUUCCGCGACUCGUACCGUGGCCGUGACGACGAGCGCCGCGGCGACGACAGAGAUGAUGGCGAGUGGACCCACGUCAACCGUGGCGGCCUGUCCGGCCGUGCGCCGACGGCUGCCCCGGAAGGCCGCUGGGAGCGUCGCGGACCGGCGGCUCGCGAGAGCUUCGGCGACCGCGAUGGACGCGAGGGUGGCGGCCUACGCCGUGCCUUCGGCGGUGACCGUGGAGAGCGUGAGGGUGGCCUGCGCCGCGGGUUCGGUGGCGACCGUGAGGAGGGAGCCUCUCGCUGGGGUAACCGUGGUGGCGACUCCUUCCGUCGUGGUGACCGCGAUGGCGAGCGCGACUCCUUCCGUCGUGGUGACCGCGAUGGCGAGCGCGACUCGUUCCGUCGCGAUGGCGACCGUGACUCGUUCCGUCGCGGCGGUGACCGUGAUGGUGAGCGCGAGCCCUUCCGCCGUGGAGGCGACCGUGAUGACGAGCGUGACUCUUUCCGCCGUGGCGGAGACCGUGACGCUGACGACCGCUUCUUCGGCCGCUCGCAGCGUGAAGGCUCGUACCGCCCGCCGCGCGCUGGUGACCGCGAGGGCUCGUCCCGCGAGAACACGCGUGCUCCGGAGUCUGGCCGUUGGAGAUAGGCAUUGAACAAGUCAGGGUCAAGUGCUGUUGUAGGAAUACGAUCCAAGGUAGCAACAGGUUCAGGCGUGUUGGCGUGCUAAGCGAGUGCGGUUGACCUCGUUGCAACUUGCUCGACACUUGGUGAGAGCGCGUCGCGCCAAAAGCAAACGCACGGCGCCUAACUAUUUAACUAGUUUGGUUUGUACCU